CAGGCAGAUUGUGAGGGACAAGAAGGCAAGAUGGUCGUGUAUGUUACAAUUUUACUGCUGGUGCUAGUGGCUCAUGUGUCCAGCUCCUUGAAGCGGGACACCUCUGACGUCAUCGCCCACAUCCGGCGUUCAUCCGAUGCUGACGUCAUCCCAAAGAACGGUGCCAGUCCGGUGCGCGUGCGGCUAGGCCUGGGUCUCUCCGACAUCCUGGGAGCUGACCCUGAGACCAACCUGCUGGACCUGGUCGUCUGGCAGAUGACGUCAUGGGACAACAAGGCGCUGGCCUGGAACCGUUCAGUCACAUCUGCUGCCACAGUGUCCAUUGGCCGCCAACAGAUCUGGACCCCUGGGCUGGCCGUCUACAACGCCGUGGACAGCCCCACCCCCCUGAGCCCCGACCUGGCCGUGGUCUCCAGGGACGGUAAGGUCACGUGGAUCCCCAGCCUGCGCUUCCGCACUUCCUGUGACCUGUCAGGCGUCAAGACAACUUCCGGUGCUGAGUGUCAGGUCAAGAUUGGACCUUGGACCUACAGCACGGAUGACGUCAGACUGGUCACCUCUGGCCUGGCUUCAGUCGACGUGACCCACUUUUCUCCCGACUCCAAGUUCGAGGUCAUCAAAACGUCCGUCCGACAAAACAAAGUCCGCUACUCGUGCUGUCCUGAUGAGUAUGAUGACGUGACCUUCUCCAUCACGUUACGUGAAAAACAAGCCGGCUAAGUUUACCAAAACGCUCAUCUUUCUGUGGCUUUAUGUUCUCUGUCAGUUUAUCUCCUUACAACUCCGGCGGUCUCAUCCAUUUCAGAAGUUCUCUUAUUUUAUAAUUACUAACUAAUGUUACUUCUCUGUCUGCUAAUUAAAUAAUGAAU